AUGGAUUCGCCCAACAGUGGCAGUAUGCAGUCCUCCAGCACCGCCGGUGAAGAAGAUUACGAUUCACGCGCCGACCCUUCAUCAUCAUCAAUCUCUGCCUUCCUCAACAACAACCCCGUUCCUCCGCCCCAACCAACGACGUUAACAACAACCCACGUUACUCCCUUCCAAACCCACGUGUUCGACCCCUUAUCCAAUUACUUGGAUCCGACACAAAGAUCGCAGUCACACCCCAACACAAACCAAAUCCUUAACCUCGACAUGGUGUGGAACACGGUUGCCAGAUCCGAACCCGAUCUCGGUGGUUUGAUACCUUGUUCCUCUUCACCUUCCCCACAAAACAGCAACAACCAAGGUUUCCUGUUAACUCAACUGGGUGCAGGUCAAAGUCAAACACGCGGAGGAGGACUUGCUAACGUAGCUGUUUCUGCUUUUCCCACCACUCUCGCUCCGGAAAGUGCUUCUCCACGAGGAGGAUUUGAACAAAACAGUACCAGCACCAACACCAACGUGGUUCGAAACCCGAAGAAGAGGUCGAGAGCUUCUAGGCGUGCACCUACCACUGUGCUCACUACGGAUACCACAAAUUUCCGAGCCAUGGUUCAGGAAUUCACUGGCAUCCCAGCACCUCCUUUCACUUCCUCACCCUUCCCGAGAACCAGGUUGGAUCUCUUUGCUUCUUCUAAUGCAUCUUCCUCAGCGUUAUUAAGAUCCGCUUCCGCUCAUUUAGAACAACCUCCGUCGCAAACACAAACACCCUCUUAUCUUCUUCGCCCCUUUGCACACAAAGUCCAAGCUCAACCCUCUUCAGUCCCACACAACACUUUUCCCCCCAUGUUGAACACCUUGGCUUCUAACAACAAUUCAGGUUCCAAUUCGACCUCCAUUCACUAUCAGCAGCACCCUCUAAACAUGCACAACCCAAUUCUCAGCCUCCAAUCCAUUCUCGGGAACAACAAUUCUUCUGUCCUUGUUGGUUCUAAAACACAACAGCAGCACUCCUUGGAAAUCACGCCCGGUGCUGUGGACUCGCACCUCAAGAUGGGUGGUUUGGAAGAACUGGGAUUGAGCCAUGCGCACGUUGGUGGUCAUCAUCAUCAUCAUCAUCAUCAUCAAAACAUGAACUUGGUUUCGUCUUCAUCGGAUGGAGCAUUGUCGAGGGUCAACAGCAACCUAAACAUAAACAACAACAUGCGUGGUCCUUCUUCAGCAGACUGGGCCCAGGCCCAAAGAAUUGGCGGCACCAAUGAUGGAGGGGUUUUGAGGUCUCUGAGUGGAGGCACAGGCACUGGCACCUUAAACUACAGAAGCAGUGUUUCGGAUUUUCAUGGAGAGAAGGGAGCACCGGAAUGUGCUGUGGCUGCAAGAAGCGAAGGUAUGGUCGAAUCGUGGAUUAAUUGUUCUUCAGAUUAG